UUUACGCCCCUCCUCUCAGAGUCAAACCUCUCCCUCCUCGGCUACUCGCCACUGUAUCAGCACCAUCUCAGCAAACCCUUCUCCCCCAAAACCAAAAACCCGAUGGCCACGGCUCCGCACGGCGGUCAAGCGACGCCCGACGACGUGGACGCCGCCGCGGCGAAGCGCCCGCGCGCGCCGAUCACGGAGGCCGAGGUCCGCGCCGAGUUCGCGCACCACGACGGCGCCGUGGCCCGCGUCAACAACGGCACCUUCGGCUGCUGCCCGGCCACGGUGCUCGCGGCGCGCGCGCGGUGGCAGCGCCUGUUCCUCUCGCAGCCCGACGCGUUCUACUUCCACUCCCUCCAGCCGGGGCUCUCCCGCUCGCGCGCCGCCGUCGCCGCCGCCGUCGGGGCGACCGGCGCCGCCGAGGUCUCCCUCGUCGACAACGCCACCACCGCCGCCGCCAUCGUCAUGCAGCACGUGGCGUGGAGCUUCGCCGAGGGCGCCUUCGCGCGCGGCGACGCCGUGCUCAUGCUCCACUACACCUACAGCUCCGUCAAGAAGUCCAUCCACGCCUACGCCGCCCGCGCCGGCGCCGCCGUCGUCGAGGUCCCGCUCCCGUUCCCCGUCGCCUCCCCGGCCGCCGUCGUCGCCGAGUUCCGCGCCGCGCUCGCGCGCGCCAAGGCCGGCGGCCGCGCCGUCCGCCUCGCCGUCAUCGAUCACAUCACCUCCAUGCCCAGCGUCCUCAUCCCCGUCAGGGACCUCGUCGCCAUCUGCCGCGACCAGGGCGUCGACAAGGUCUUCGUUGACGCCGCGCACGCCAUCGGCCAGGUCCCCGUCGACGUGCGCGACAUCGGGGCCGACUUCUACACCAGCAACCUCCACAAGUGGUUCUUCUGCCCGUCCGCCGUCGCCUUCCUGCACAUCCGCAAGGACGAACCCAUCGCCGAGCAGCUCCACCACCCCGUCGUGUCCAGCGAGUACGGCAACGGGCUGCCCAUGGAGAGCGCCUGGAUCGGGGUGCGGGAUUACAGCGCCCAGCUCGUCGUGCCCGACGCCGUUGACUUCAUGAGCCGCUUCGAGGGGGGCAUCGAGGGGAUAAGCAGGCGCAACCAUGACAAGGUCAUCGAGAUGGGCAGGAUGCUCGCCGAGGCAUGGGGGACGUUUCUUGGCUCGCCGCCGGAAAUGUGCGGAAGCAUGGUUAUGGUCGGCCUGCCAGGUUGCCUUGGCAUCGACAGCGACGAUGACGCGAUGAGAUUGAGGGACAUGUUGAGGAACGAUUUCAAGGUCGAGGUGCCAAUAUUCAACAACUCGAGAAGUGUCCAAGGACAAGAGAAGAUGGACAAGGACGCCAACGGCGAUCAAGUGACAGGGUAUGUGAGAAUCUCACAUCAGGUGUACAAUGUCAGGGAGGAGUAUGAGGUCCUCAGGGAUGCGGUCAACAAGCUUGUUCUUGAGGGUUUCUCCUGCAGCAAGCUGAGACCUUCUGGCAAGGUGCUAUCUCACUGAAACUGUAGUUUUGCUUUUUAUCUUUGUUUAUUAUUCCCUUCAGUUUGGAUAAGGAUCAUCGAUCGUAUAGUUUCAGAAAUAAUGCUGGCAACAUGUUCGCUGCUGAUUACUGGUGGUUGUAUCCUCUAGCUGUACUGAAUCAUGCUCUACCAUGAUGUCCACUAACAUCUAUGUGAUAUUGGUGCACCUGUACAUUGGCGAAUUCAGAUGAAAAAUGUACCGACAGCUUAUAAUUUUCAUGAUUUUUUUCAACUUAUGGUCAUAGACAUAGGGUGAAGUAUAGAAGUGCAUGUGUAAUAAUUACUGUUUCCAGUAUAGAAUCGAUUUAUCUCGUGUUCAAGAAA